AUGCGUUCUCUCUCUAUUCUCGCCAUCGGCAUCUCUGCCUACCGGGCCAUGGCUCAAACCGCUACAUUUGACGGCAUGACCUGGGAUCCCGUCACUGUAGGACAAGUCUGGCCGAUUCAUUGGACUGUUGGGGAUGGUAGCCCUGUCGAUCUGAUCCUUGGAAAUACGAGCUGGAAUAGUGCCGUCUUCACAGCCCAACCUGCAAAUCCGCCCGAGUUCAACUGGACCGUGACUGUCCCCGAUGGAUUCGUCGCCGGAAACUAUGGCUUGGUCCUGAUCCAAAGCGAUGGCAUGGAUUAUUCGCCCUUGUUCAGCAUUGCCUUUUCAGCUGCCGCUUCGUCAACCACGCCCUCAGCAAUGCCAUCGACCACACCGGCACCUACACCAAUGCCGAAUGCAACUCUUGUCUCGGCAAGUGCAGAGCCCACUGUGACCGUCACGUACUGGGACCACGAAUGCGGAUGCACCAAGACUUCUGCGGUCUCUGCAGCGACCGCCACCAACCUGCCCGGCACUCAGUAUACCUGGUGGGACGAUUCUUGCGGAUGCACCAAGACCGCCAUGGCACCAGUUCCAACAGUAGCUCCCGGCUGCAAUGGGAGCGGGUCUGGCUGCUCCAACUAUACAGCUCCGGCCGCUGGAACAAACGUGCCACCUGCUCCCCCGUCCUCUAUGGCACCCGCAGCCUCAACUACCACGUCAACGCCGUAUACAGGGCAGGCGAGCAGGCAGAUGAGUUCUGGCGUUGCAAUUGUGGGACUGUUUGUGGUUGCGGCGGCACUGCUUGCGUAA